UUUCUUACGUAACCGCCGCGAAGCAUUGACGACCAACUCUGCCAACACACAUACACACGCACACGCACACACACACACACAUACACACACACACACACGCACAUACACACACACACGCACUCACUCACACACACACACAUAGCAACGAAGCGAUGGCGACCACCAGUGAUGACAAGGAGUUUGUGCCAACGGCAGAGGAGCUGGAGGCGAUUGGCAAUGCCAUGAAGGACGAAAACUUCCGCAAGCUGCUGGCCGAGUAUGCCGAGGAGAUUUCAAACCCGGAGAACCGCAAGCGAUAUGAGGAGGAGCUGCGACAGAUGGAGGCCAUGCAAGGCAACGAUGUCAAGUUCAUCAACCCCGAGCCCGGGUUCGUGGUCAAGAGCAAGCUCAAGGACUCUGACACCAAAGUCUUCAUGAACAUUUGCCAGUCGGAGGUGAUUGACAAGCCGACGUCGACGACAGCGACCGAAGGCAGCAAGCGCGGAGUGCGCUGGUCCCUACCACACAGCAUCACCAAGCACCGCGAAGACCUGGACAAGGCAGGCAACACGUGCAUCGUGUACGACGUCGUGUUUCAUCCACAGGCAUUGCGACUUGCCAACAUGGACGCCCGCUUCAAGGAGAUGGUGGUGGGCACCGCGUUUGACGGCAUUGAGCAGCGCUUCUCCUACCACAAGCUCGAUCGCUCCACCAAGAAGCACCUCAAGAUGAAGUUCAAGGGCAUGCCGUCCCGGUCUGUGAUUCGCACAUCUGCCAGCGGUUCGAAUGCGGCGGCGGGUGAGGACGUGGUGGGUGCCGUCAAGUCCCAGAUACAGAAGCAGCACCAGCAGGCCAAGCAGCACCAGCAGAACCAGCCCAAACAGAAACCCGCAGUGGAGACAGACAAGCACACGGACGAUUCGUCCACCAAGCAGCCCGAUGACAGGACACCCGCGCACCGUGUUGUGUAUCGCCGCGCGUUUGAUAUGAGCGAUGUCCGUGACGCCCCUGACGCCGGCACCUCCACCCGUCCUGAGGCGAUUGUCGUGAGCGUGGAGCUGCCCAAGUGCAAGUCUGCUGCCAGCGUUGAUCUUGAUGUAGAGGAGCGACUGCUUGCCCUCUCCUCACCUGACGGCCCGUACGACCUCUCACUUCCGCUCUCAUUUCCUGUGGACGAGGAGAACGGCACUGCCAAGUUUGACAAGAGUAAGCGCAUUCUGACGGUGACGCUGCCUGUUCUGCCGGCGACCAGAGGUGGCGAAGACGACGACGCGCAGGUGGCACCCCACCCGAUGCUGGGCCGUGUUGCAGAGACACAGAGCCGCGCACUGGAGGGGAAGAAAGGGACGAUUGAUGACAAGCAAGGGCAACCGCAGCAGCUUGGCACGGUGACUGAGGUUAGCCGAGACGACAGUUCCAUCGGAAAGGCAGCGGAUGCUGCCGCUCCAGACAGCACAUCCUCUGCCCUCUCGGCAACCCAAGAUACAGCGAACGUGGAUGGUGCCUGUGAGGAUGACAGCAGCAACAACAAGAGCAGUAUCGACAACAGCAUGAGCGGCGACACCAACGACAGCGCCGCAAACAAUGCAGACAACACUGUGAACAAGCACGUACCACAUGUGACGUUUGUGCAGACACCAACCAAGCUGAGCCUCAUCAUUGAUGAGGCCGGUUUGAACAGCAGCAAUGUGAGUGCUUGCAAGCACGUGACAACGGUUGCGACUGGCAUUGACAUCCACGGCCUGGACGUGACCCUCCGCGACUCUCAACCACCUCUUCUCUUCAGGUUUGACUCGUGUUUCGAGGAGGAUCAGCCCGCAUGUGACGUCUCGCCAGAGAAUGUCGUUAUCAAACUCACAAAGACACCCGCUAUUUCGUGGCAGCGUGUGCGGUACGGUCAUGACGAAAAGACCUUGCGCGAGCGUCUCCUCUUCACCGAGGAAAACACAAAGCAGGAUAUCAAGGCCAUGGCUGACCCCUGGACGGAGCCCAGUGCCGAGCGCGCGGUAACGAGUGCAAGUACCAGUGGCUGCGACACUGGCGGGGACGAGGAGGACAGCAGUAUGGCCACAACCAAUUCAGGCGUGGUGCCGAUUGACGAACGAGACAACACGAAAGAGAUCGACCUGGAUAUGAAGCAGGCCGAUUCGCCCGGUGCACAUGAGACACCGAGUGCAACCGUCGUUGAGACACCGCGUACACCUGCAGUAGCAGGCGUGUCAGACGUGGCAGACGUGUCAUCGGCGUCGCCGGCGAGUCUUGAUCCAUCCACGGCACCACCAGAACAACAACCGCAAGACCAGCCUGCGUCCACCGCAAGAACCCCGCUCGCCUUCCAACAUGAUUUGCUGUUUGACAUGGAUUGAUUGUUGGGCGACUGUGUUCGCGGCACCUGCUUUUGAUUGUUGACAAGCAGCUGAUACGUAUGUGUAUGUGGCCUUUUUCUCAGGCAUGCGUCCUUGCUUCACCAAUGCGAGACAUGCCACCGUAGAUCAUGCCUAGGACACUGUACCCGUAUCAUGUAACCGUUCCGUUUCUCUCUGUCUUCCUUGACAUUGUGAUGAUGACUGUGACGGACUUGAAAAGAUGAACUGUUGCAUAUCGCUUUUUUGAUUUCUUGUCCAAACAGAACGACGCACUCACACACA